CGCCUUUUUUGGGCUGUGCCCAAGAGACCAAAGGAAGAACUUGCUCUGGGUUUCCCAGCUGUGGCCCAAGAGGAACUCCUGAGACUUUUCCACACUCCACAGCCAUGAGCAAGUUGGGCAAGUUCUUUAAAGGGGGAGGUUUGUCUAGGAGCAGAGCUGCCCCCAGCCCCCAGGAGGCCCUGGCCCGACUCCGGGAGACCGAGGAGAUGCUGAGCAAGAAACAGGAGUACUUGGAAAAUCGAAUCCAGAGAGAACUCAGCUUGGCCAAGAAGCACGGCACGCAGAAUAAGCGAGCUGCAUUGCAGGCGCUAAAAAGAAAGAAGAGAUUCGAGAAGCAGCUUACUCAGAUUGACGGCACACUUUCCACCAUUGAGUUCCAGAGGGAAGCCCUGGAAAACUCACACACUAACACCGAAGUGUUAAGGAACAUGGGCUUUGCGGCAAAAGCGAUGAAAGCGGCUCAUGAAAACAUGGAUCUGAACAAAAUAGAUGAUUUGAUGCAAGAGAUCACAGAGCAGCAGGAUAUCGCUCAAGAAAUCUCAGAAGCAAUUUCUCAACGGGCUGGAUUUGGCGAUGACUUUGACGAGGAUGAGUUGAUGGCAGAACUUGAAGAACUGGAGCAAGAAGAAUUAAAUAAGAAGAUGACAAAUAUUCGACUUCCCAGUGUACCUUCCACCUCCCUCCCAGCACAGCCAGCUAGAGUACCAAGCAUGUCCUCUACACAUCGAUCCCGAGCAGCAUCUUCCAGGAGAUCAGAAGAAGAGGAAGAUGAUAUCAAACAACUGGCAGCCUGGGCUACUUAAACUAAAAUGGGAUAUCUGUAUAUUACAGUCUUAAUAACACCUAUUUCCAUCCUCAAGAUAAAAAAAACUAUGUUUGCUAAGUUCAGAUGUUAAGAAAGACCCUAUCUUAAAUGUG